AGUAUGUUGAGUCAUUGUCAAGAUCAAAGGCUCCUCAAGGUAGCUUCAAGUCCAUCAGAUUGAACGACAUCAUCGUUUGCAAUCACACCUCCUACAUCGAUAUCAUCUAUCUAACAUAUAGAUAUUCUCCAAUCUUCUGUAUUCCACCAAAUGACAAACAGAGCGCUAUUGAGGGUCGUUUGAUCCCAUUGUCGAUUGCAGGCGCAUUGAGCAAUGCUAUAUUCUCACCAAUGCAACUGUCUGGACAAUCAGUGCCAACCAGUCAGGUUGUACAGCGUAUUAACAGCUCGUGGAGUGGCCCCGUGAUCGUGCUGCCCGAGGGCACCACCUCUAAUGGAUCGGGCCUGCUCGACAUCCAGCCAGUGUUUGUCGAGAACAACAACCUGCUGGUCGAUCACUUCCACGUCAUUGGCAUCACCUAUCCGACCAGCACGAGCACAUCGCCCAGCUACACGGUGGGCAACUACUUCCUGCACCUGCUCAAGGUGUGCGCGGUGUGGCGCCACGAGAUCAUCGUGCGCUACCUCAGUCGCAACUGUGUGCCAUCACUGCCCCUGGACGGCUCGAGUGGCCCGGUCGACACACAAGACGUCAUCGAAUGGUUCGACGCACUAUUCAAAUCACUCUCCAGUAUGAUCAACUGUCGACGCACCAAGAUCACCGCCAACCAAAAGUUAUCAUUCGUUGCAUACUGGCGUGGAUACAGCUCGAACUAUAGCAAUGAGAAGAAGACC